AUGUCAAAUAAAGAAAAAGUUGUAGUUCAAACUAGAAGUAGAGCUGUUUCACUACCUAAAUUUAACCAAGAAGAAUAUAGCGAUAGCGAAGAUGAGGACUAUGAACCAUCCUCUGAAUCAGAAGAGGAAGAAGAGGAGUUGGUUGGAAAAAAAAGAGCUACAAAUAAAAAAGGCGGAAACACACCAAAAAAACAAAAAGUUAUAGAUGUAGAUGCAGAUGUUAUUGUUAUUGAUGAAGAAAAUGUAAAUAAAAAUUGGGAAGAAAUGAAUAAAGAUAGUAAUAAUAUUGGUGGUAAUAACAGCAAUAGUAAUAAUACUAUACAGAUCGAAGAUGACAACGAUAAUGUAAUAAAAUCGUCAAACUCAGCAACAAUAGGCAAUGAAAACAAAGAGGAAAUAAAACCCACAGUAAAUUCCGAAAAGAUUGAAGAAAAGGUUAAUAUUGAAAACAAUGAAGGUGUAUCAAAGGAGGAUAAUAAAAAAGAAGAAAAAGAAAACAAGAUACUACCAGCAACUACUGCCAAUGCAGCAUCACAAACACAACCACCAAAAGAAGAAAUUGAAAUUGUUGAAUAUGCCGGCGAAAAAAUUGAAAUUAAAAAACCAGUUACACCCACUCCAAUGACAAGUAAAAAAAAGUAA